AGUUUUUUGUUUUUACCUCGACAGUUGGGUGACAUAGCAGUCUGAGGACGACGGGAAGGUCGGAAACAGCAUGACAAAUUGCUGAUUUGCUUUUGUUUGUGUCUGUUCAAAAAAUCAAUCGGUCUAAAUGCAGAUGUCAUUAUCGAAAGAAGAAGAAAAUGAUCUCUACACCCGAUAUGAUAGGUAGUUUGAAGUUCGCGGAUUGUCGAAGACAGCAGAAAAUGGGAAAUUGUCUAUCACAAUUGAAUAUCAAAUGCAAAAAUGUCUGGGUCUGGAAGAUUGCCAGGUUUGUCAUGCACAUUUUGCAUGACUCCUCAUGUCUGUGAUGCAUGCCCUAGCAUCACAGAUUUUGUGAGGGCUUCCCGAUGCUUAUACCGCAUGACAAAUGCUCUUUCUGUGUAGCAAAACUUGGACUCUCUUUGCUGUUCAUGCAAUACAGAUUUUUUUAGAAUCCAAAAUCAGCAUGACAAGUUGGAUUCUUCCAGACCCAGACAUUUUUACAGUUGAUAUUGAAGAAGUCAAUCGCAUGUUUAUUCUCUCACCUAAUCAGGGAUAAAGCCCUGACGAGACCAUUUCCAGAGGCAAUGUAGAGAAAUGACCACAGCCGAAUUGUUCCCCAUCCUAUAUUUAUGCUCGUGAUAUGGAAC